UGUCCUCGAAAAUGGUCGUUGCUGGGCUCGCGCUGCGUCGGUUGGCGGCAACGACGCGCCUCCGCCCAGCCCCACAGGCACGCGGCGCAUUCGCUUUCCAGCCUGACCCGGAACCCACCCACUAUGGCCAGACACAGAAGAUGAACCUUUUCCAGUCUAUAACAAGUGCCUUGGAUAAUGCCUUAUCCAGAGAUCCAACUGCAGUAAUAUUUGGGGAGGAUGUGUCCUUUGGUGGAGUCUUCAGAUGCACUGUUGGCUUGAGAGACAAAUAUGGCAAAGACAGAGUCUUCAAUACUCCUUUAUGUGAACAAGGAAUUGUAGGAUUUGGCAUUGGAGUUGCUGUUGCUGGUGCCACUGCUAUUGCAGAAAUUCAGUUUGCUGACUACAUUUUCCCUGCCUUUGAUCAGAUUGUUAAUGAGGCAGCAAAGUAUCGUUACCGUUCUGGAGAUCUCUUUAAUUGUGGAAGUCUGACAAUAAGAGCCCCGUGGGGUUGUGUAGGCCAUGGUGCUUUAUAUCAUUCCCAGAGCCCAGAAGCUUUUUUUGCUCACUGUCCAGGACUAAAGGUUGUGGUUCCAAGAGGUCCUAUCGAAGCCAAAGGCCUUUUGCUAUCAUGCAUAAACGAUAAAAACCCUUGCAUAUUCUUUGAACCAAAGAUACUAUAUAGAGCAGCAGUGGAACAAGUCCCCGUGGAGCCAUACUAUAUUCCACUUUCUCAAGCAGAAGUACUUCAGGAUGGAAGUGAUGUCACGCUGGUGGCUUGGGGUACUCAGGUUCAUGUCAUCAAAGAGGUAGCAAUUAUGGCUCAGGAGAAGCUUGGUGUGUCCUGUGAAGUAAUUGAUUUGAAGACUAUUCUUCCUUGGGAUGCAGAGACUGUAUGCAAGUCUGUGGCCAAGACAGGGCGGUUGCUGAUCAGUCAUGAAGCCCCCAUUACAGGAGGUUUUGCAUCUGAAAUUAGCUCCACAGUUCAGGAGGAAUGUUUCUUGAAUCUAGAGGCUCCUAUUUCACGAGUGUGUGGUUACGACACUCCAUUUCCUCACAUUUUUGAGCCAUUCUAUAUUCCAGACAAAUGGAAAUGUUAUGAUGCACUUCGGAAAAUGAUUAAUUAUUGAUCAUGCAGGAAAAGGGAGAAAAACAGGAAUAAACUGAAGUUCCGGUCUAUCGUCAUGCACAUUCGAUUAGGACAUACUUUAUUUUUUUAGAAAAAGCAAAGAACUACUUGAGAUAAUGUUAUCAACAACAUUAUUUUUAACGCUCAUCAUGGCUGUUUGUCAAAGUUUCAAAAUAUUUGCCAGCUGUGGAAUCAAGAAUGGGGAAGUGAUUGCUAGAAAAAGUUGGUUAUUAACUUUCCCUUUUGUACAUAAAAGAAUUCUAAAUAUAUUACCAUAUAAAUUAAGUUUUGGGGCAUACUUAAUAAACUUACUGUUUGUUACAAUAGA